UUUCAAUUUGGCCUCUCGGACUUAAUAUCUCUCUUCUUUUUACUAUCUUUCGGUUCCCCUUUCCUCACACGCAGGUCCGCUCCCUCCACCCUCUUCAAACCCUAAACCUAACCCAGCCUCGCUCCGGAGCCCCCCACCGAGGAUUCGACAUGAAAGGUGGAAAAUCGAAGUCCGAGUCGAAGAAAGCAGACGCGAAGCUUUCUGUGAAGAAAGGUGCAGCCAAAGCGGGCGCAACACGGGGUAAGAAAGCAGGGAAGGAUCCUAACAAACCUAAGCGGCCGGCCAGUGCCUUCUUCGUUUUUAUGGAGGAGUUCAGGAAGAAGUUUAAUGAAGAGAAUCCGAAUAACAAAGCAGUAUCCGCUGUUGGUAAAGCUGCUGGACAGAAAUGGAAAUCAUUGUCAGAUGCUGAAAAAGCACCUUACAUUGCUAAGGCUGACAAGAGGAAGGUUGAAUAUGAGAAAAAUAUGAAGGCCUAUAACAAGAAACAGGCCAGUGGAGCCAAUGCUGCUGAAGAAGAUGAAUCUGAGAAGUCCAUGUCUGAGGUGAAUGAUGAUGAGGAUGGAGACGAGGGCAGCGAAGAGGAGGAAGAUGACGAGUAAUGAAGAUGUAGAUGGUAGUAAAGUCAUUUAGGCUGUCAGUGAACUUGAUCGUUCUAUAUUAAUGGUCUGAUCAUUUCCUGUUAAUUGUUUUUUAUAUCAUGCAAAUAUAUUAGUAUCUCCCUGUUAUUUUGUUUGUGCAUUCAGAAACGAAUGGUUGUAAUGGGAGAUCAUCUGUCUUGUACCUUACAAUGUUAGUUAUUCCAAUCCAACUAUGUUUUUUUUUUUCAACUGAAAUGGCAACAACUUUCCACUCCACAUAGAGGAGAUGAAGAUGCA